AUGUCAUUCAUUAAUAUUUGUCGUGACAACACUGAUCCAUUUUAUCGUUAUAAAAUGCCUCCUAUUCAAUCCAAAAUUGAAGGUCGUGGUAAUGGUAUCAAAACUGCUGUUGUCAACACUGCAGAAGUUGCUCGUGCUUUAGGUAGACCUCCAGCUUAUUUGAUCAAAUUUUUCGGUUUUGAAUUAGGUGCUCAAACUUCAAUUAAUGAAAGUAAUGAUCGUUAUUUAGUUAAUGGUGUUCAUGAUGCUCCAAAAUUACAAGAUUCCUUAGAUGGAUUCAUUAAUAAAUUUGUCUUGUGUGGAUCUUGUAAAAAUCCAGAAACUGAUAUUAUUAUUACAAAAGAUGAAGAUUUAAUUAGAGAUUGUAAAGCUUGUGGUCAAAGAACAAGAAUUGAUCCUCGUUUGAAAUUAUCAACUUAUAUUUUGAAAAAUCCUCCAGAAUCUGCUAAAUCCAAAAAAAAGAAAGCUGCUACUGCUUCUGCUAAUGUUGUUGGUGGUGGUAUGUCAAUUACUGAUAUUGCUUCUGGUAAACAAAGAUCAAGUGCUCCAGUUGAAGAUGACCAAGCUGAAGAUUCUGAUGAUGAUGCCCUAACUAGAAAAAUCAAUGCUGAAGCUUCCGCUUUACCUCAAACUGAAGUUGCUGAUGAUGAAUGGGCUGUUGAUAUGUCUGAAGAGGCUGUUCGUAAAAGAGCUCAAGAAUUAGAAGCUUUAACUUUAGAAAAUGGUUCUGGUGGUGAUUCUAAAUUUGAUGAAUUUGGUGAAUGGUUAUUAGAAUUUGGUGAUGAUAAAUCUAAUUUACCAAAUGAUGUGGAAAUUUAUAAAAAAGCUUUUGAAUUGGAAAUUUCUGAAGAUGUUCAUACUGUUCAAGUUUUAGCUCAAGUUUUAUUUGAUAAAAACAUUGUUAAACAAAUUCCAACUCAUAAAGGUUUAUUAACCAAAAUUAUAACUUCUAAAAACCAUGAAAAGGCAUUUUUAGGUGGAUUAGAAAGAUUUUUAGGUUUAGAUAAUCCAGAGUUAUUACCACAAAUUUCUAAAAUCUUAUUAACAAUUUAUGAAAAUGAUAUUGUUAAUGAAGAAACUAUUAAAGAUUGGGGUUCAAAAGUUUCUAAAAAAUAUGUUUCAAAAGAAAUUUCUAAAAAAGUUAAAAAAGCUGCUAAACCUUUUAUUGAAUGGUUAGAUGAAGCUGAAGAAGAAUCAAGUGAUGAAGAAGAAAGUGAUUAA